CUGCCUGUGGAAUUGUCCUGAGUCAUCACUUUGCCAGAGGCCAUGGGAAGAAACCAUUGUGUGGCAGGGAAGAAGGUGGCCCUAAGCCCAGGCCUAAACCAGGGAGGCCUGGGAAAAUGGGGCCAAGGGGUGGGUGCAAAAUGGCCAUGGCAGGGGUUCCCAGCAGGCUCGAGUCCUGGAGCUAGCCUGCCCCAUAGCCCUGUCCUCCCGGUGUGAGGGCGUGAGGGCCCUGGUGCGUUGUGCCAGCCAGCAGGCCCACAGCAAGAGGUCUGAGAAGGCCUUUGGGGAUAGCACUGUGGGUGCCUGGGGAGGGACGGGUGUUGGCAGGAGGGACAGCCCAGGCAGGCUGACAAGCGGGGCGGGCCUUACUCACACCAGCCGCUGGGCGGGCUCAGGCUGAGUUUCACUUCCCGCCACUGCUGCCAGCAGCAAGAACCAGCUGGAGAGCGUGCACCCUGAGUCACUGCUGCCUGUCUGCUACUCGGCUCAGCGGCAGAUACCCACCAUGGGCUCGCAGGCCUUGCCCCCGGGUCCUGUGCAGACCCUCAUCUUCUUGGACCUGGAGGCCACUGGCCUGCCCUUCUCCCAGCCCAAGGUCACAGAGCUAUGCCUGCUGGCCAUCCACAGAUGGGCCCUGGAGAGACUUCCCACCCCUCAGGGGCCUCCUUCAACAGUGCCCCCACCACCCCGGGUGCUGGACAAGCUCUCCCUGUGCGUGGCUCCGGGGAAGGCCUGUAGCCCUGCAGCCAGUGAGAUCACAGGCCUGAGCACAGCUGUGCUGGCUGCACACGGGCGUCAAUGCUUCGAUGCCAACCUGGCCAACAUGCUCCAAGCCUUCCUGCAGCGCCAGCCACAGCCCUGGUGCCUCGUGGCACACAACGGUGACCGCUACGACUUCCCCCUGCUCCAGGCAGAGCUGGCUGUGCUGGGCCUUGCCAGCGCUCUGGACGGCGCCUUCUGUGUGGAUAGCAUUGCUGCCCUGAAGGCCCUGGAGCAAGGUGGCAGCCCCUCAGAGCACGGCCCAAGGAAGAGCUACAGCCUGGGCAGCAUCUACAUGCGCCUGUACGGGCAGGCCCCACCAGACUCACACACAGCCGAGGGUGACGUCCUAGCCCUGCUCAGCAUCUGUCAGUGGAGGCCACAGGCCCUGCUGCGGUGGGUAGAUGCUCACGCCAGGCCCUUCAGCACCGUCAAGCCGAUGUAUGUGGUCACAGCCUCAACUGGAACCAGCCCAAGGCCAUCUGCUGCUACGGCCACUGUACCCCUGGCCAGAACCAGGGACACCAGCCCCAACCGUGGUGGAAACAGGAACCCUAAGCCCCUUUCCCCAGUGAAGAGCCCUGGAGCCCCACCCAGGGAGGGACUGCUGGCCCCACUGGGCCUGCUGGCCUUCCUGACCUUGGCAGUAGCCACGUUGUAUAGGCUGUCCUUGGCCAUACCCGGGCAGUAGGCCAAGAAAGAAAUUCUGACUAAUAAAGACCCUCCACAGCA